AUGAAGGUUCUCGCUGAAUCGAUGACUCUUCCCUUCAUAUCGGACGGUAUAUUGGUGGAGAUAAUGAAGGUUCUCGCUGAAGCCGAAGUGUCGUACCUUUCUCCAUUUUUUCGUGCCGGCAAGCGCACCUGGAACAUCGCAGGGACGGCGGAGGUGCUUCUGAAAUGUAACUUCACACAUUUAAUCUAUGAAAACCACGAGGACAUCAUGCCGGGUGGGAGAGCUAGACGUUUAUUCCAAAGGUGUUGCGAAGUCGGUAAUUUGGAAGCCGUGUACUUCGAAGGACUACGCCUCGCCAUCCACUCAGUUGAUAUAAAUCUUGGGAUAGAGAUGUUGGUCCGUAACGACAAAGGACAUGGUAAGUCGACCCUCGCAGCUGCAUUUUUCGCAAUCUGUUCUGGAGAUCGGGAACAGGCUAGCGUAUUGUUUAAGAGUUUUUCGGCGAACCACGGCGGUCUUGUUUCAGAGAAGGCCAGAUUUCUCGGAAAUGAGAUAAAGUGGGACAUAGUCAUGCUGAAUCCACCUGGACUCGAUACUUAUAUGGAGACGUUUUCGUAUCCCGAUGACGAUGUAGUUUACCUCCCGGAGUGCGCGGAUGACCAUGUCUUCCCUCACGAAUGCCACUUAUGUUACAUGUAUUCGUGCGCACUAGAAGUUUGUGGUAUGUUGUAA